AUGACCCCAGGGGUGCUGCUUCUGUUGCUGGGGGCAUUAGGGGCGCAACUCGCCCAGGGCAUCAUCGGUCCGGAGGCGGAGGGUCGACUCCGAGAAAAUCUCUUCUCGGGUUAUGAUAGCUCGGUGCGCCCAGCGCGGGAGGUGGGAGACCGCGUCGGGGUCAGCAUUGGUCUUAGCCUGUCGCAACUAAUCAGCCUGAACGAGAAAGAUGAGGAGAUGAGCACGAAGGUGUACUUAGAUCUGGAGUGGAAAGACUACAGACUUAGCUGGGACCCCGCGCAGCACGAGGGCAUUGAUUCACUCCGCCUUCCAGCCAAUGCCGUGUGGCUUCCAGACAUCGUGCUCCUAAACAACAAUGACGGCAAUUUUGACGUUGCUCUGGACAUUAACGUCGUGGUGUCUCCUGACGGGUCUGUGCGCUGGCAGCCUCCAGGCGUCUACCGCAGCAGCUGCAGCAUCCAGGUCACCUACUUCCCCUUCGACUGGCAGAACUGUACCAUGGUGUUCAGUUCCUACAGCUAUGAUAGUUCAGAAAUCAGCCUGCAGACUGGCUUUGGUCCUGAUGGGCAAGAGCAGCAGGAAAUACACCUUCAUGAAGGUACCUUCAUUGAGAAUGGACAAUGGGAGAUUAUCCACAAACCUUCUCGGCUAAUCCAGCGUCUGGUGGAUCCCAGGGGAGGGGGCAGAGGCAAGCAUCAAGAAGUCAUCUUCUACCUCAUUAUUCGCCGGAAGCCUCUCUUCUACCUCGUCAAUGUCAUUGCCCCAUGCAUCCUCAUCACCCUCCUGGCCAUCAUUGUCUUCUACCUGCCACCAGAUGCAGGAGAGAAGAUGGGACUCUCCAUCUUUGCCCUGCUGACCCUGACUGUGUUCCUGUUGCUGCUGGCAGACAAAGUACCUGAGACCUCCCUGGCUGUCCCUAUCAUUAUUAAGUACCUCAUGUUUACUAUGGUCCUUGUUACCUUCUCGGUCAUCCUUAGUGUCUUAGUGCUCAAUCUGCAUCACCGUUCACCCCACACUCACCAAAUGCCCUUUUGGGUUCGUCAGAUCUUCAUCCAAAAACUCCCUCAAUACCUGGGUCUGAAGAGGCCCAAACCUGACAGAGACCAGAUGACAGAGCCACCUCUUCCUGCUCUCAAGGAUUCUCUAGGAAGUGGCUGGGGUCGGGGUACAGAUGAAUAUUUCAUAAGGAAGCCGCUAAAUGAUUUUCUCUUCACGAAACCCAAUAGGUUCCAGCCUGAACUGUCUGCCUCUGAUCUGCGGUCAUUUAUUGAUAUCCCUAACCGGGCUGUAGGCCUGCCUCCUGAGCUCCGGGAAGUCAUCUCUUCGAUCAGCUUCAUUGCUAGACAACUUCAGGAACAGGAGGAUCAGGAUGCGCUGAAGGAGGACUGGCAAUUUGUGGCCAUGGUAGUGGACCGUCUCUUCCUGUGGAUCUUCAUCAUCUUCACAAGCGUUGGGACCCUGGUCAUUUUCCUGGAUGCCACAUACCAUUUGCCCCCAGAGGACCCCUUUCCUUGAUCUUGGGAGACCUGAGGCUCACUCAGUUGAUUUGAGAGUUAAGUGGUAUUCUCAAGUCCUGUCACUUUCUGUUUCUUAAUCCUUUAGGAGAAAUCCAGUCCUCCCACUUCUGGGGGAGAAGGUCAGUGGGCCUGAGCACUGAGGCCUUGAGUCCAUGUAAAAACUAUCUGUUUAUUGAUUAUUUAGCUUCUUUAAGAAACUCCUUUAGGUAUCAACACCCAAGCCCCAAAUAAAAUAAAACAAAGAUAGGGGGCCCCUUAUAGCAGUGCUCAAGAUAGUCCCAGGCCUCCAGCAUGCAAAGCAUGUGCUCAGUCUGCUUAGAUCUCUCUCUUCCCCCUACACUGGGAAUUUUAUGCAGGUAGGAACUGUGUCUUGUAAGAUGUAGGUACAUAACAUUGUUGAAAGUGAAUUUUUUUCUAAAAGAAAAUAUACCUAUUAGUAG